AGGAAAACCAUGGCUGCUGCUAAGGGUACAGCCAUCGGCAUCGACCUGGGUACCACCUAUUCCUGUGUGGGGGUGUUCCAGCAUGGCAAGGUGGAGAUCAUCGCCAACGACCAGGGCAACCGCACCACCCCCAGCUACGUGGCCUUCACCGACACCGAGCGGCUCAUUGGAGAUGCGGCUAAGAACCAGGUAGCCAUGAACCCGCAGAAUACUGUCUUUGAUGCCAAACGUCUGAUUGGCAGAAAAUUUAACGAUCCUGUUGUACAGUCAGAUAUGAAACUUUGGCCAUUUCAAGUGAUCAAUGAAGGAGGGAAGCCCAAAGUGAUGGUGUCUUAUAAAGGGGAGAAGAAAGCUUUCUACCCUGAGGAGAUCUCUUCAAUGGUACUGACCAAGAUGAAAGAGACUGCAGAGGCUUUUUUGGGCCACACUGUCACCAAUGCCGUGAUCACCGUGCCAGCCUAUUUCAAUGACUCUCAACGCCAGGCCACCAAGGAUGCAGGUGUGAUCGCAGGCCUCAAUGUGCUAAGAAUCAUCAAUGAACCCACUGCAGCUGCCAUUGCCUAUGGUUUAGAUAAAGGUGGACAGGGGGAGCGACAUGUCCUCAUCUUUGAUCUGGGUGGAGGCACCUUUGAUGUAUCCAUCCUGACUAUAGACGAUGGGAUUUUUGAGGUAAAGGCUACAGCUGGGGACACCCACUUGGGUGGGGAGGACUUUGAUAACAGACUUGUGAGCCACUUUGUGGAGGAAUUUAAGAGGAAGCAUAAGAAGGACAUCAGCCAGAACAAGCGGGCUGUGAGGCGGCUGCGCACUGCCUGUGAGAGGGCCAAGAGGACUCUGUCAUCCAGCACCCAGGCCAACCUGGAAAUUGACUCACUUUAUGAAGGCAUUGACUUCUACACAUCCAUCACUAGGGCUCGUUUUGAAGAGUUGUGUGCAGAUUUGUUUAGGGGUACCCUGGAGCCUGUGGAAAAAUCUCUUCGGGAUGCCAAGAUGGAUAAGUCUAAAAUCCACGAUAUUGUUUUAGUAGGGGGCUCCACCCGCAUCCCGAAGGUACAGAGACUACUUCAGGAGUAUUUUAAUGGCCGUGAUCUCAACAAGAGUAUCAACCCGGAUGAAGCAGUAGCCUAUGGAGCUGCAGUCCAGGCAGCUAUUUUGAUGGGUGACAAGUCUGAGAAGGUGCAGGAUCUGCUUUUGCUGGACGUAGCUCCCCUCUCCCUGGGAUUGGAGACAGCUGGGGGUGUGAUGACUAUCUUGAUCAAGCGCAACUCCACCAUCCCCACUAAACAGACUCAGAUCUUCACCACAUACUCAGACAACCAGCCUGGGGUAUUGAUCCAGGUAUAUGAGGGCGAGAGAGCGAUGACAAGGGACAACAACCUGUUGGGACGCUUUGACCUGACUGGAAUACCUCCUGCACCCAGGGGAGUUCCUCAGAUCGAGGUGACGUUUGACAUCGAUGCCAAUGGUAUUCUCAAUGUCACAGCCAUGGACAAGAGCACCGGGAAGGCUAACAAGAUCACCAUUACCAAUGACAAGGGCCGCCUGAGCAAGGAGGAGAUUGAACGUAUGGUUCUGGAUGCAGAAAAAUAUAAAGCUGAAGAUGAGAUCCAAAGGGACAAAAUCGCUGCAAAAAAUGCCUUAGAAUCCUAUGCUUUCAACAUGAAGAGUGCUGUGAGUGACGAAGGUUUGAAGGGAAAGAUUAGUGAUUCUGAUAAAAAGAAAAUACUGGAAAAAUGCAAUGAGGUCCUUUCCUGGCUGGAAGCCAAUCAACUAGCUGAGAAAGAUGAAUUUGAUCAUAAGAGAAAGGAAUUGGAGCAGUUGUGUAACCCCAUCAUCACAAAACUCUACCAGGGAGGAUGCACUGGACCUACCUGUGGGACAGGGUAUACACCUGGAAGGGCUGCUUCUGGCCCUACCAUUGAAGAAGUAGAUUAACCUUGUCUGGAACUGGAGAAUGCUAGGGUGUCUCGAAGUGAAAUUUAUACCCUCAUCUUCAGACAUUGUUAUGGUUCUUCAAUUGACUGAACUUCAAUUACCAUCCCUUUUGAGUUUUGAUGGAGGAGUUUCAUAUACCAUCUUCUCAUAUGCCAAUAUCUGUGACUGUGACUCUGAAAUGAACUUUUAGAAAAACUAGGCAUCUCUUUGAACCACUUGAAGAAUUUGAAUGUCUGUUAUUUAUUUCCAGCCACCCCGACUUUCUCCUUGCUGUGAGGAUGGUUAUUUGUCACUCAGUAAAUGUGUUCCCAAAGGAAAUUACUUCUGGUAUCUUUAGGCUAUGAGUAUACCUUGGAAAGUAAGGAGACAGAGAAUUCAUAGACAGCAUGUGUUCUCUGUGAGCUCACUGGGAAUUAUUAAACUGGUAAGGGCAAAGUA